GUGUGUUUGGCGUGUGGCCUUGCAAGUCAUAAGCCCGUAAAUCAACAGUAAUAUCAGUGACUAUACAAGAUAAUUCGUCCGAAGAACGGGUGACAAGCAGAAGUACAUAGUGCUUGCAAAGUUGACUCGCAGUAAUACGGGAGCACAGUGUUGUUUUGCAUGAUCCAACUAUACCACUACAGGACUUCAGAUCGAUUCGUCAUCGGAUUGUGCUAUAGUUGUUGCAGUCGCUCUUCAGGUAGAAUCCACCCAGCUUUCAAGCCUACAUGGGCCAAACAUUUUCAGAGUAUUUUCAGGGCGUAAUGGAGUCCAUGCAUCAAAGGCAGAUGAUGGCUAUCAUGGCAAAGGUGAAACCGGAGGACAUUCGUCUGAUGGAGACCUACGAGUAUGAGGGAGUGCCCCUCGCACUGGACACUUUGAAAAGUACCAUGGAUGACCUGAAGACGUUCGAGAUCCGGGAAGACGACGUGUUCAUUGUUACUGUGCCAAAAGCAGGUACCACGUGGACGCAGGAGAUCAUGUCCGCCAUAAUGCACGACGGCGACAUCGAGAAACUCAACAAGAAGCACACGAUGAUGAGGGCGCCCUUCCUGGAGAUGACACACGGCGCCAACGUGCAUGACGAUAUACCACGUGCUCACAAAUUGUUACCCCGGAUGCCGAGGAGUUCUCCCCGCCUCAUCAAGUCCCACCUGCCGGGUCAGCUCCUGCCCCCUCAGGUCUGGGAGAAGAAGAUCAAGAUCGUCUACGUCAUCAGGAACCCCAAGGAUGUUGUGGUAUCCAUGUUUCACCACAUCGACAUGAUGGCUGCGGCCGACCGUCAGUUUAGCUUCGACGAAGUAUUUGACAGGUUUAUCAAUGGCACGCAGCCGUACGGCAAAUGGUGGGCACACUACCUGUACUUCUGGGAAAGGCGUAACGACGACAACAUUUUAUUUCUUCGCUUCGAGGACACAAAGAAGGACCUCCGUGGCACCGUUUUGAAAAUCAGCGAGUUCUUGGGCAAGUCGCUGUCGGAUGACGUCAUCGAUGCCAUCACUGAUCACUGCACCUUUGAGAACAUGAAGAAGAACCCCAUGACCAACCCAGACACUCUGCUCCAGAACGCGCAUGGCGGCCAGAUGCCCGAGGGAAAAUCGUUCAUGAGAAGAGGGAAAGUUGGAGGUUGGAAGGCACAGCUGUCCGACGCUCAAAGCGAGGCAAUGGAUGCCCUUUGCAAGGAGAAAUUGGCGGGAACCGGACUUACCUUCGAAUAAUAACAAACUGUCUGUGGCCUUUGAAAUUGUACGCUUUCAUAAAUCAGCCUAUUUUCCCAUGAAGUAUGUGUAUGAAUGGGUUUCACGAAAAGCUAACUUUAAAAACUAGGCUUUUGGACUUGUUAAAAAAUACCACUUUUUCUUAGAAGUUAACCGUUACAGCAAUAGUUUUCUCAGUAGGUGUGCGUGAAACCAAGCAAUAUGUGUACUUAAACAUCUUAUAUUUUAAACCUGUAGCCUAAUUUUAUUCAACGAAAAUUUUAAACCUGUCACCUGUAAUUGUUACACAUAUUCUAUUUUAUUACAUUUUAUUGAACAUUAUGUGAAACCAAAAUAUACUUUGAAAAUAAUUGAUCUAUAUUUUGUGCAGCCUUAAAAUGAAUCUAAAAUACAACAGGUGACAACAGGGUUUGA